UGCAGUCGCAGAGCUAGACACACAGUACAUAGCAACAACUUUUACGGUACAACAGCACAGUAAGAAGAUGUCGAGGAUAGAGGAAAAUUAGACAAUUUCUCAACAGGUCAAUAGAUGGCAAAUGUGGGAAAAAUGGCAGCUGACCUAGCAAGCCAUAAGCCUGGAGGGGAUGCCCUGAAAUCUGUUGCUGAUGGCAAAAAUUUGGAGAUGAAACAUUCUGACUAUGAUCAAUGGCAGAGGAAAGGAAGGAGCCGAAUUGGUACGAGGGGUGAGGUGUCAUCGACAGGAGGUGGAGGGGCUUCAAGCCGACCUGAGUCUAUACUGGAUUUCUCCAAACUUCCAAUCCAAAUCAAAUCAACUUCGAAGUUCAACGUCGGUCCCGCUUGCAACCAUAAACAUGGCAGAGCUAAAAGCGCAACUCAUGAUGCUGAAGCAGAGAGGCAGGCCAGAGAAAGACAAAAAGAAAUCAACGUUCUGUCACUUCUCAUAGUGGCCAGACGGAAAGCUUUAGAGAGCUACAAACUAAGAGAAGAAACACUAUUGAUUGAAAAUUCAAAGAUGAGAUUAGAAAUAGAAAGCAGUGAGCAGGAUGUGCAUAAAGAAGUCAAGAAUCUGCUUCAAAAAUAUGAGAGAUAUCGGGGUGCUGUGUCAACGUUAACAACCAAGUUUGAAUCUCAAAAGGACAUAGCAAAUGCUGAACUCAAGCAGACUCAGGAAAAGAUUGAUAAAGAUCUCCAAGCUCUGCAGGAGCAAGUGGAUGCUGCAGAAAGCCUGUUGAACGAGACUAAGAAAGAGCUGGCGACCUUGACAAGUUACAAGGACAAGGAGUAUCCGGUCCGAGCUAUGCGUAUCAGAGAACUACACAAGCAGAUCAAAUACCUUGCCAAAGAAUUCAAGGCUGAGCAAGAUGAGCUCGAGAGGAUAAUCAACGUCGAGACUGCCAAGUACACCACACGGAGAGACGAUAGGCUGAGAGAAAUCCAAUCUCAGGCAACAGACUUUGCUCAAGAUCUCAUGCAGGAAGGUGUCAAGGAUAUGGCCAUACACAACAUCACCAUGAAGAAGGAAAUUGAGGGUCACAUAGUGGAGAAUAAAGAACUAGAAAUCGUAAUCGACCAGCUAACAGAAGAAGUCAAGGCGUUAAGUACAGAUCCUAAAUGUGAUGUCAGAAAACAGAUGUUUCCUCAUCUUUACAAAGAAGUACAAAAGUGCACCCCUGAUAUGGACGUGGAACUGGACAUUCCUCGGCACGACUGGCUUCCGAUAUGAUUGCAUUGUCAUAGUUUCUACAAUGACCCACUGAUCUCUCUGGCUUUGGUUCCAAUCUCUGGAGAUUUGUCAUCAUUUAACUGUGAGGAUGCACUGUAACCACCGGGCCAUGUUAUAAUACAGGAUUGAUCCGAUGUGUUUGGUCUCGACAAUCCUUCAGGUGUGAUUUACACCAUGAUUGGACUCUCUAGUGUCCAAGUGACAAUGACAACUACUUGUACCAAGAGGUCUAAAUGUUAUUAAGUAUGACAGAUCAUUCAUGCAUUCUUGGUGGAUUUGUUUCAUAGUGUGACAAUAUUCUUAAUUUUCUGUAUUCUAUUGUGUUGAUCAGUCAAUCUUCUUCCAUCCAGAGAACCUCUCUGAAAAAAAUGACUGUUUUCCUUUGCAAGCAUUAUGUGAAUAUGUUAGCAUGAUUUAACUGCAUCAUCGUUGAUAAAGUAUUAAUUUUUUUUUAAAAUUUGAAUGUGUAAAAGUCGCAGGACAUUUUUUUUUAAUUCCAGCUGAAGUGCUACAGAUUUAAUGUACAUGAAUGCUAGACCAUGCUUGAUUCUUUUGUUUUCUUUCUUUUUUUUUUAUCACUUAAACAAUAAAAUAGAAAUAUCUAAAUAAUACUAUUCAAUAUUCAUAGUACAGGUACAUGCAGAGCCAUUCUAGAAGUUAUGCUCAUAUUUUGAGUGCCUCAUACUACAAGCUUGAAUAAUCCAUAGGGAGUGGGAAAUGAGGAUUUAAUUUGUAAUAAAGAAAUUUACAUUCAUUCAAAAAAUUUCUUGAUUUCUAUUCCUAAUUGGUGCUUUUGUUUGUAGGUCACCGGUGGUCUGUGUCUGUACAUUAUUGAAAAGUUUCAUAAAAAUAAUUUAUGUAAAGCUAUUCUUGUAGAAGUCAUGCUCAUAUUUUGAGUGCCUCAUACUACAGGCUUGAAUACUUCACAGGGAGCGGGAAUUGGGUUUUUAUUUUGCGUGAGCAACACUGAUUGCAUCCUAUUACCUGGGUAAUGAUAAUCUUUGUGUGGUGAGGGCUUUUU